AUGAGCACAAUUGAGAACUCCAGACCUAAUAGUGGUGCAGUAAGAGAAGGGCAGGUUGAGGAAAAGAAGUUGGGGAGCACUGUUUCAGUUCACAAGCUGUUCUCCUUUGCUGACUCAAUGGACAAAUUUCUGAUGACAGUAGGAACAAUUGCUGCCAUUUGCAACAGGCUUGCACAACCUCUCAUGACCCUCAUUUUCGGUGAAUUAAUCGAUGUCUUUGGUAGAGCCGAGGGUAAACAUAUUAUUGUACAUGAGGUAUCCAAGGUAGUACUUGAAUACGUUUACUUAGCCUUGGGAUGUGGGGCGGAAGCAUUUCUUAAGGUGGCAUGUUGGAUGAUUACAGGAGAAAGGCAGUCUGCAAGAAUUAGGAACCUUUACCUAAAAGCUAUACUACAAGAUAUUGCUUAUUUUGAUGUGGAAGUAAGUGCAGGGGAAGUAAUUGGUCGGAUGUCAGGUGACACUAUUCUAAUUCAAGAUGCCAUUGGCGAGAAGGUGGGAAAAUUCGUACAGGUGAUUGCGUGUUUUACAGGAGGCUUUGUGAUUGCGUUUGCAAAAGGGUGGCGUCUAACAACGGUUGCCCCUUUUUCUGCGCAAGAGAGGAUUGUAGAGACGUACAAGAAGAAAUGCAAAAGGCUAUCCAAAAAUGGUGUGAAACAAGGAUUGGUGAGUGGUAUGGGAUUCGGUUUUUCUAUAUUCUUGUUGUACUCGGUCUACGCCACUAGCUUUUAUGCAGGGGCACGGCUAGUUAGGGAUGGGAAAGCAACUACUUCGGAUGUAUUUCGCGUUUACUAUGCUCUAACAAUGGGGGGAAAUGCGACUGAGGCAGAAAUUAUAGAGGCAGCAAAGUUGGCCAAUGCACAUCAGUUCAUUAGUGGAUUGCAGCAGGGAUAUGAUACGGUGGUUGGGGAGCGUGUGGUUCAGUUAUCGGGUGGCCAAAAGCAACGGUUAGCCAUUGCUAGAGCAAUCGUAAAGAGCCCGAAGAUACUGCUAUUAGAUGAGGCUACGAGUGCAUUGGAUGUCGUGUCUGAGAAAAUAGUUGAGGAGGCACUCGACAAAGUUAUGGUGAAUAGGACUACCAUUAUUGUGGCACACAUACUUAAAAAUGGAAGCAUUGUGGAGAAAGGGAAUCACAAUGCUCUUAUUGAUAUCAAACAUGGUUUCUACUCCUCUCUUGUCAAGAUUCACUCCAAUGCUUUGUCUUGA